AUGUCGAAUCUCCAUAGGACCAUAUCUCGUAUUCCCGCACUCAUAUCGACAUUUAGCUCUAAGUACUGGGCUCUAGGUUCAGUCCACUCAUCAAGCCCAACUACCCGCCCCUUCGUCUCUCUCUUCUUCGUUGCGGCUCCCUCUGCUCGAGACGGUCUGUUAAGCUCCGUCGAAGAUUUGAUAAAUUCAAACGCAGAUUACAAAGCGCUUUCCACUCUGACAUCCGUACCAGGUGACUUUGUGGUGUUGGCAAUGGCAACAAUUGAUUCUGAUAGUGUUCAGCCUCGUAAGAGUGUUACUGCUGCUAAGAUGCAGGGUUCAAUUCCCUCAUUCAAACGAUGGGGUCGAAAACACCCCUUUGUUAGAUAUGGUCUUCCUAUGAUUUCACUUACUGUGUUUGGGGCUUUUGGCCUUGCUCAUCUCUUGCAGGGGAGAACGGAUGUUGCUAAGGCGAAGGAUGAUGAGGAGUGGGAAAUCAUAGAAACAAGAAAGGCAUUAUCGAGAACUGGACCAGUAGAUGCAUACAAGCCAAAGAAGAUUUCACUGGAGGAGGAGCUAAAGGCUUUGCAGGAGAAGGUGGACAUAAACAAUUAUGAGUACAAGCAAAUUCCUAAGCCAAAUGAAAGCAAGUCGGCUUAGUUCUAGGCACAUCUUUCAGUUUCUUAUUUUGUCACUACAUAACAAAAUGAGUUCUCUAGGACUCACGGUUGAUAUUAUUUUUGAUUUUUUGCAAAGUAUUUUGUUGUGCUGAAUUGUACCCUAGAAAUAAAAUUUUGCCAUGAAAUUUGAUGUGUAUAUUCGUGGA